CUGUACCAAGCCUCGAUCCGAUCAAGUCCGUAGCGUCGAUAGAGUCAGUCAACCCCCUGCUCUCAACUUCCCCUGCUGCUGCUUUUCCCUUUCGUCGUCGUCCCCCACUCCACUACCGGAUGUCUCUGCCCCCAAGAAUUCCAUACACAACCCCGCGUUGCUGCAGCAGCAGGUAGGUGGCCGCGAUCGAGGCUGGGGGAGACCGCCGCGAUAAAUACCUUUAACAAUAUUCCAGGAGGCGAGGACGAGGAGGCGCCGAUCUGCUGCGGCGCCCGGCGCGAGCUCGAGGAGCCGUUGGUCUCACACCGCGGGGGAGGAAACGCACGCCGCCCCGACACAAUGGCAGAUAUCCAGUUAGGGUGUUACACUAUAAAGUCCCAUGGAACCAAAUUGGCAAGAUUGCACAUGUAUGACUGGAUAAUACUUCUCCUCCUUGCUGUCAUAGACGGACUGUUGAAUAUAAUUGAACCGUUUCACCGUUUCGUUGGGAGGGACAUGAUGACUGACUUGAGAUAUCCUUUGAAGGGCAAUACAGUGCCGUUUUGGGCUGUUCCGCUAAUUGGAAUUGUACUACCUUGUGCCAUCUUCGGUGGCAUUUACUUCAAAAAGAAGAAUUUCUAUGAUUUGCAUCACGGCAUACUGGGGAUUCUAUAUUCGGUGCUCAUAACUACAGUUAUUACUGAUGCAAUUAAGGAUGGUGUUGGCCGCCCACGUCCAGAUUUUUUCUGGCGCUGUUUCCCUGAUGGAAAUGCCGUUUAUGAUAAUAUAACUACUGGUGUUAUAUGCCAUGGAGAGAAGAGUGUAAUCAAGGAAGGUCACAAGAGCUUUCCAAGUGGACACACUUCCUGGUCUUUUGCUGGUCUAGGCUUCCUUGCGUGGUAUUUAGCUGGGAAAAUCACGGCUUUUGAUCACAGAGGACAUGUUGCGAAGCUAUGCAUAGUGUUUCUGCCUCUUCUAACUGCUGCACUUGUGGCUGUUUCUCGAGUGGAUGACUACUGGCAUCACUGGCAAGACGUAUUUACAGGCGCUCUUAUAGGCCUUACAGUUGCUUCAUUUUGUUAUCUGCAGUUUUUCCCAUAUCCGUAUGAAGCAGAUGCUUUCUGGCCUCAUGCAUACGCCUUCCAGUUAACCGAGGAAAGCAACAGUAGAAAUGCAAACUCCUACAGUGUGAGACCAACUGAGAUCGAAACUGUCACUAUUCCUGCCCAUGGUGGAAUUGCCCUCGGAGACACCAGCCCUAUUCUAGACAACAUGGAGUCCGGAAGGAGAUUGUGAUAUCCCAGAGUCUGGACAGGAGAUGUCUCAAAUACCCUGAUCAUCCCGAUCUGUGGAGCUGUUUCCGUGUAUACAGGUAGAUCUAUUGUAGAGCUGUCAACUUCCUCCUCUGUAUUGAACUUCGGUGUCCACAGUUUGUUUCACUUUGACUCAGACUGCAUAGAUGAUUUCGUAACCCUGGCUGUACAUCAUCUAGUGGUUCUUAUUUUUCGACGAGCAUGUACAUUAUUAUAUGCUUAUGGAUUGAGUUUAGGACUGUGCUAAAAAAAUGUUGGUUUACCUUA